GCCAUGGCAUACCUCACGAGCAAACUCAGAAGAAAUGCCUCGUCUGAUUACGUCAUCAAUCUUCUGCUUUCUUCUGCUGAUCACAACUGCCUCCUCCGCCGUUGCGCCUCCCGAUUUUCGAAGAGCCGCCGACAAUCAGAGAUGCUGCCCAAAACUAUGGACAAGUACUUCGUGGUGUCAGUUGAUGUAAAUCAAAUAAUGUUAGGGAUAAUUUUGUGAACUUGAGUGCAUAUCUAUUCUGAUUUAAAAAGACUUAAAAUUACACAUCAAGUUUUGGCGCCGUUGUCGGGGAAGACAAUAGGUACUUAAUUCGUGUUCUUACGGGUGAUAGCCAUCUACCACGUCUGGACUCGAAGACGAAGGAGUGUUUUAUUUCUGGUAGUAUCUUUCUAACUCCUUGUGUUUUUUUUUAAAGUUUGCUAGUACACAUUCAAGCACACACUUUUUCUAAGACUAACCCCGAAGUUGUCGAGAGUCUCACUUUCGAUAGAAUUGGUAUAUUUGAGUUGUGCUUGGUUUCUUUUCUGUUGUGUAGGUGUUCUAGAAAAUUGAAAACAAAAUAAAAAAAAACAGUGAAUGCAAACCAGAUCUAAGGGUUCACCGCAAUUUGGGUUAUUGAUACAUCAUAGAAGAGGACAGAAUUCAGCUGUGAUUGAUACUCAUCAGGACUAUCAGAGUCCUGUGAGAGAAAAUUCACUUUUUGAGACAAAUUUUGAGAGUAGUAGCAGUGAUUCAGAAGCUGAGUCGAUGGCCGAAAACAAUAACAAUGCUCCUCCUGUGGAAAAGUUCGGCGAUACUGUCAGAUCAGGAGUUGAUCACCCGAGAAAUUUCGCCUAUGCUACGGAUAACAUAAGCAUCCCACCUCACUACAUCAGCUUGGUGAAUGGUAGCACCUUGUUCCAUAGCCGUGAAGACGAAGAGCCCAUAAGCCACCUCAAUGCAUUCUAUGAGUUGACCAUGAAUCACAGACCUGCGAAUGUGCCACAUGAUAAUAUCAAGAGAGCUCUCCUUGCUUUUUCGUUGAGAGACAAAGCACGAGAGUGGUACGACUCACUUCCAGGGUAUAAUGUGGCGACCUUUGAAGAUCUGAAAUCCAAGUUUCUCCUGGAAUAUAAUUCACCAAUGAAGAUCGAGAGAUUGAGGGAUGCCAUCACAUCUUUUCGGCAGCAAGAUGAUGAAUCUUUUGCUGAAGCAUGGAAAAUGUUUACUGAGAUGUUGAGAAAGUGUCCCAGCCAUGGUCUUGCUCCUGGCCGUGAUCUUGUCAAAUUUUACCAAGGCUUAAACAAUGAAAGCAUGGGACUUAUAAAUGCCAGUACCGGUGGAGAUCUUGAUAAUAAGACACAUGAGAAAGUGAGGACCUUGUUUCAAAAACUUGCAGAUAAUCAAAGAAACGGGUACAAUCCAAGGAGAGUGGUUGAGAAGAAAGGAAAUACCUUUGGAGCUUCAAUAGAAUCUGAAAGAAUGAUAGCGGUUUAGGCACAACUAGCUAAUAUUAGCACUCAAAUGAAAUCGGUGGUUAAAGCAGUAUCUUCCAUGCAACUGAACCCACAACCUCAAAUUGUUGCAAUGGUUAAAUGUGGACUGUGUCAAGGUAGGCAUCACACAGAUCAAUGUCAAAUGAUCCAAUCCCAAGAAACAGUUGAAGAUGUGAAUUACAUAGGCAAUAACCGCCAAGGUUUUAGCCAAGGGGGUCAAUUCAAUAACGAUCAUCAGAACUGGAAGCCUCAACAACAAGGGAAUUGGAACCAAGUUGGGUCAAGUAACAAUGGUGGGAACCAAUGGCGAAACAACUCCCAACCCUCUGGUUUUGAUAAGAAACCUUCACUAGAAGAUCAGAUGGGACAGAUAUUCGCUUUCAUGUCAAAGAGUCAAAAAGAGAAUGAUUUCUUCAAAGAGAAAACAAUGGAGAAGUUUGGACAACUCGAUGCUUCUAUGAGGAAUUUGGAAACACAAAUAGGGCAGCUUGCUACAGCUUCUCAUACAAGAACUCCCGGCACCAUUCCAAGUGAUACAGUGCCCAACCCCAAGGGAUUUGAACAUUGCAAAGCAGUCACCCUAAGAAGCGGAAGAAAUUUGGAUUCAAUGCCUUUAAUGGACGACCAAGGUACUUCCAGCAUCUCGCACGCAGGGGCGGACGAGGCAUGUAAGGGAAGUCCUGUGUUGGUACAGGAUGCCCAACAUGGUCAAGAACAGGCUGCAUCUGGCAGCAAGGAACAAGACGAUGAAUCUAAGUUAAAUGGAAGACUUGCAGCAGGAGAAAAAGACAAAAAGGUCAAUGAGACAGAACCUAAGAAGACCAAGCCCAGUAUUCCUAACGACAUUCCACCGCCUCCAUAUCCAUUCACGAGAAAGAAGCGAGUGCGGCAAGAAAAGAGUUUUGAGUGGAUGAUGAAUGUGAUUAGAAAGGUGAAUGUAGACAUCUCAUUGGUGGAUCUUUUCACCAAUUUUCCGAGAUUCUCCAAGUUCUUCAAAGACAUGAUGGCGAACAAGGAGAAACUUCAGGAUGAGGGGAUUGUGGCAUUGAACACAAAUUGCUCACAGCUGAUAUCUGGAAUCAUGCCGACGAAGAGAAGAGAUCCAGGAGGUUGCAUCAUACCAUGUGAAAUUGGUAACACGAUUUUCACAAAGUGUUUAUUGGACCAAGGUUCAGGGAUCUCACUGAUGGCAUUGAAAACUGCUCGUGCCAUUGGUUUGGAGGAAAGAAUGGAGCCUAUCGACAUCGCUCUACAAUUGGCUGACCACUCCAUAGUGAAGCCCACUGGAAUUGUUGACGAAGUCUUGGUUAAAAUCGAUAAGUUCAUCAUUCCCGUUGAUUUUAUUGUGCUCGACAUGCCAGAAGAUAGAGAAGUGCCAAUUUUGUUUGGUAGACCAUUUCUAGCAACGGGAGAUGUAUUGCUUUGAGCAAAGGAUAACUCUGUUACAUUCAGAAUUAAUGGUGAGCAACUGACCAUCAAUGUUGAGAAGGCCUAUGUUGGUGGUGAAAAUGGUAAGGAAGCAAGAGAGGUGGUCACACUAGAGAGUCCGAAAGUGUAGACCGAGGAUGAAGAAGGUCGAGCCAACGACUAUAAAAAAAGGAGUGAAGAUGGAGGUCAUAUCUCUGCUGUUGAAAAAAAGAGUCGCCCA